AUGGAGGCACUGGUCCUGCUCAACGCCCUGGCCACCCGGCUGCUGUUCGUGCUGCACUCUCUGAUUGGGGUCUGGCGAGUGACCGAGGUGAAGAAGGAGCCGCGGUACUGGCUGCUCGCGCUGCUCAACCUCUUGCUUUUUCUGGAGACUGGGCUCACCCUCAAAUUCAAGCGCGGGAGAGGCUACAAAUGGUUUUCACCAGCCAUAUUUUUAUAUCUGAUUAGCAUUGUUCCAUCAUUAUGGCUUCUUGAAAUGCACGAUGAGACCCAGUACUGCAGUAGCCAUUCUGAAGGAAUGUCACAAAAUACCAGCAGCAAAGAAAACUUCAAUCAAACUCUGAUAUCAAGUGAACAAGCCAAUGGAGCAGAUGAUCUCAUUAAGACGGCCAAGGGUUUUGUAAGUAACUUAACUACAGUAUGUGAGAAAGUUUGGACUUUGGGACUCCAUCAGACAUUCCUGUUGAUGCUCAUAAUUGGAAGAUGGCUUCUACCCAUUGGAGGAGGGAUCACUCGGGACCAACUCUCUCAACUUCUCCUUAUGUUUGUGGGGACAGCUGCUGACAUACUGGAAUUCACAAGUGAGACCCUGGAAGAACAAAAUGUGAGGAAUAGUCCUGCCCUAGUCUAUGCCAUCCUUGUUAUAUGGACCUGGAGCAUGCUGCAAUUUCCACUUGACCUGGCAGUACAGCAUGUCGUCUGCCCCUUGUCGGUGGCAAUGAGGGGGUUCCCCAGCUUCUUCUUUUGCCAAUACAGCGCCGAUCUGUGGAAUAUUGGAAUCAGCAUCUUCAUACAAGACGGCCCUUUCCUCGUCGUGCGUCUCAUACUGAUGACCUACUUCAAAGUGAUAAACCAGAUGCUGGUGUUCUUUGCCGCCAAGAAUUUCCUUGUGGUGGUAUUACAACUCUACCGCCUGGUGGUGUUGGCGAUGGAUGUCCGCACUUCCUUGCUACGUCAGCCGGGAAGCCUGAAAGCAAAGCACCUCUGCCCCUGUGAAAGCACCGCCAGUGGGCUCUCACCUGGAGAUCCGGAGAGCGGCUCAAAGGCGGAUUUGGGGGUACCCUUGCAGGCCUUGCCAGUCACCCCCGAGGACUCUCAAGCCACCCCGUAG